UUGAGUUUGCGUGUCUCAUUGUUGUAUUUUAAAGAAUUUAUAGUGUUGUAUAUAAUUCGUUGUAUUGUGUAAAUUGAUUAAUAAUUAUGAAUGAUCAACAUGAUGAUGACGAUUACCGUUUACAAGUGCUUCUGCAAAGCUUUAAUUUAGAGGAGGUGUAUCAACACCUAAAAGCUGCUAAAGUAACUUACAGAAGUUUAAAAUACUUACAAAGAGGGGACUUGAAAGAAGCCAUACCACCUCUUGGCCUCCGAAUUGAAUUUCGGGAGAAGCUCUUUCAGUGGAAAAAACUUCAGUUCGAAGUUGAUGACGAAACGAUUUCAGUCGCGUCAAAGGUCGACAAUGGGAUAUCUGAGGAAGGUGGUUUCAGUGGCAGAAGAGUUUUGAAUAAGAGUUUGAUGGAUAUUUUAAAAGAAACGGUAGGCGGAAGGGCGAUGUUAGAAUGCAGAACAAAAAAGCUGACUAUCGAUCAAAGGAAUUUACUUAUACAAAUAAUAGUCGAAGAAGCUAUGUGUAGGCAAAUUAUAAUAAGAGUUCGAGAAUUUCCGCUAUUGGUUGAUGAAAUAGUCUCGAUAUUUCCAUCAGAAAAGGAUGUUCAAAAUUAUUAUUUUAUUUCAAGAUGCAGUAAAGGCAAUCCAAGUGGAAGGUUGUACUAUAAAUACCAAAACCUUCGUCGUAAACGUGUGAAAUUGGAUUCCUCAGUGUCUAGUCAAGAUGAAAUGGAAAGCACAUCUGAGCAUUUAGAUAUCGAUGAAGAGAUAGAUGAAUCUGUUGCUACAACUUCUAAAGUAUCUUUAAAUAGAGAUUUAUUAGAUUGGGCAGACGUUUGUGAGAAAUGGAAAAUGACAUUUAAAAUGCGUCGCCGGGAAUUAAAGAAUCAAAAUAUCAUAGAUUUUCUAAAAUCAUGGCCCAAACUAAACCAUACGAAAGCUUCAUAUUUGAUAAACAUUGAUUUCGAUUUUUUAUACACUGGAAAAAAAUUAAUGCUGUUUUCCAAAUGGACACACUUCAAAAGCAAAAUUUUUGGAUACUAUGAAAAACACUUAGUUAAUGAAGUGUCAAAACAACUAGUGAAAAAAGCGAAAGAAAGUAAAAAUAUAGAUUAUCAAGAUUUUAUAAUUACAUUAUCGCUGAAUUCAAUAUUUCAAUCUACCGCCCGUUUUAAAAAUAACGACGGGAAAAAAACGAAAAAGAUCACCAUAGCAGACUCGGAGGAGAGUUUUAUCCUUCAACUAUCAACACUUAAUGAUUAUAAAAGGAGAGUGGAGGAUAUAAAAAAUAAAUAUUACUCAGCAGGUUUAACAGUACGGCCAUUUUUAAUUGUGGAAGGUAGUGGAACUGAUGUAAAAGGAUUUUAUAUAUAUUUUGACAAAAAUUUACUUAAAUUUGAUUCGUUUAUGCAAAGUCUCGAUGUUUGUUUUAAGAUCUAUCAAGUACUUUCAUUAAAAUACCCAAGAGCAUGUGAACCAUCCUGGUUGUUUAUUCAAAAAUAUUUUUUUGAAAUUAAUACUAAAUUUGAUUCUUAUUCAUCUAAUAUUUUAUCGGUUAUAAAUUAUUUAAACAAUUGAGAUAAUGUAUGUAUAAAUGUAUAUCUGUUUCAAAUGUAAAAAAGACUUCAAACACUAAGACUGUUAAUAAUAUACCUUAUACCAAUUCCCUUGUUAGAACACAUUAGAACUAAACGUUAGU